GUUUGGAGGCUAGCGGGCUGUCUACCCCCUUUUGAUGAUAACCCCUGUGCCCUCUCCUCCGACAGGGCUGCUCCGUGAGGCCCCCCAACACGCUGACUGGGGAGGUGGACGCCUGAACAUGCCUCGGCCGCUCAGGGCUGCUCCCGGAGUCCGCAGCCCGCCGUGCCCAUGGCCUGCCCAGAACCCUCACUGCCUGGCGCCUUCCUCCGUCUCAGUGCGGCUGGCCAGGACAAGCUCCUGCAUCUGAAGCAUAAGCUGAAGGCCCUGCAGCCCAGCUGCCGGGGGGCCGGCCUGCUGCGCGCCAUGGUGCUCCUGGCCCUGGGCCAGGACACGGAGGCCCGGCUCUCCCUGGAGGCGCUGAGGUCUGACCCCGUCGCCCGGCUGGUGGCCCAUCGCUGGGCCGGCUCGGACGGCCCCGAAGCCCCGGAGGAGCCGCUGGAGGAGGCCUGGGCGGUCGCCCGCCUGUACCACCUGCUCGCAGAGGAGAAGCUGUGCCCAGUGUCACUGCCGGAGGCCGCCUACCGUGUUGCCCUGCAGGCCUUCAGCACCGAUGCCCGCCUGCCCGAGCUCCAGGCUGAGGCCCAGCAGCGGUGCGGGUGGGAUGUGGCCGAUCUGGGGGGCUUCCGGCCCCUGUGCUCCGAUCGGGUUGGGCUCCUACUGCCCUCAGCGCCCCCCUCGGGGACCAGGAGCCUCCCGAGACCCAUCAGGGACUCCUGGAACUGGAGCCUGGCUGGACCCCUGAGGUCCACAGGCAGCCCGGCCUCCCUGGCCAGCAACUUGGAAAUCAGCCAGUCACCCACCAUGGCCCUCCUCACCCAGCCCACCAGCACCCCCGGGCCCAGCAAGCUCAGCCACCAGCCUGCAGCCAGCCUGGGGGGUGAGUCUGUUCCCAUGGGCCGCCAGGAGCCGGAGCAGGUCAGCUGGCCGCCCUCUGUGCAGACUGACCCUCCCCAGGAGCUGCCGGACAGUCCAGCCCCCCAAGUGCCUGUGGCGGACCCUGGUCCAGGUCUCCCCCACCCUUCAGCACCUCCAGAACCCAGAGCUCACUGUCCGGUGGAGUGUUCCGAGGUAUCUGAAGCGCCCCCCUCUCCUCCCACACCGGCCCAGUCUCUCUCCCCACCCACCCCGGAGCCCCCCGGGGACCCCAGCCAGGACGGGACGCUGCUCUCAGGUCCAGGAGGUGACACGGCCUCUCAGAAAACCAGGCUGAAAUCCCCUCCUCCCCCGGCCCCCCAAACGCCCUCUCCAUCUCCGUCGUCUUCCCUCCCGAGCGCGACCCCCGAGUCGACAUCUUCCAGCCUGCUGCCCCCGGGGGUGGCGUCCCCGGAGGAGGAGGAGGAGAAAUUCUACGGCUUCGUGGUCCUCCACGCCAGGGCCGACGAGGCCGUGGCCCUGCGUGUCCGCCAGAAGCUGGAGGCCCUGGGCGUGCCCGACGGGGCCACCUUCUGCGAGGACUUCCAGGUGCCCGGGUGCAGCGAGCUGAGCUGCCUGCAGGACGCCAUCGACCGCUGCGCCUUCACCGUUCUGCUGCUCACGCAGAACUUCGACUGCCGCCUGAGCCUGCACCAGGUCACCCAGGCCCUGAUGAGCAGCUUCGGGCGGCAAGGCUGGCAGGACUCCGUGGUGCCCUUCCAGCCCCUGGAGACACCCCGGCUCACCUCCGACGUGUCCCGCCUGCUCUCCGGCCUGGUGCCCCUGGACGAGCACUCCCAGCUCUUCGACCGGAAGGUGAAAGGCACCUUUAAGAAGCAGCGGCUGCAGGCGCGCAGGGCCCGGUGGGAGAAGGAGCGGCAGGCCCGGGCCUUCCGGGAACGCAGACAGCACCUGGAGGCUGAGCGGCAGCAGGCGGCCGACGUGCACGCGGCCUACUCGGCCUUGGUACAGACCCAGCUGGCCUGGCAGGUGCAGAUGGAGCAGCUGCAGGCGGCCUUUGGGGGGGUAUCCUUGCACGCCCAGGUGCCCUUGGGGGCUCAGGUGCCCUUUGGAGGGCAGGUGCCCCUGGGGGUCCCGCCCACCUGGCCAGCCUGCCCUGGGCCACGUCCGCCGCAGUGGCCGGCUGGUACCCGUCCUGCGGCCUUCCUGCCAGCCCCUCCGAGCCCUGGGCUGCAGCCCCUCAUCAUUCAGCACGCGCAGAUGGUCCAGCUGGGGCUGAGUAACCACAUGUGGGGCCAGGGGGGCGUCCAGGCCCCCGAGGACAAGAGCCAAGAGGCAGACUGACCCCGUGGUCGAGCUCCAUGACCUUGGCCUGAGGGGAUACUGAGUCACGGACCCACCUACUCCUUGCCCGGUGUGGGAGGCAGGGUCAUCAGUGACUCGGUCAUCACUGACCCUUCAGUGGCCCGAGGACGGGCACAGGCUGGGUGACAGUGGCUGUGGCCUCUAGGAAGGCCGGAUUUAGAUCUGGUGUUCCUAGGUGUUUGCCCACUCUGUGGGUCGGGGUGGGGUAUCCUUGGGGCAGUGGUGGCAUAUGGGCUAGGGACCUUUAUUUGUAAUAAAUCAUUCUAUAGUAA